AUGGGAAACCCGACGCCAAGCACGAUUGGACUCAUCACAGCAACUGUGUUCAUCGCGGGCUUCGUUGCGGCCUUCUUUGUUUCACCCUUCGCUGACAGAUAUGGGCGCCGACCUGCUCUACUCCUUGGCUCUUUCCUAUGCGUCGCUGGAGCAGCUAUUCAGAGUGCUGCCCAGAGCAAAGGAACGUUCAUUGGUGGCCGAGUUUUUAUCGGCUUUGGUAUCAGCUUCACCACCAAUGCUGGGCCCAGUCUUUUGAACGAGCUUGCUCAUCCGAGAAUGCGAGGGCGUAUUGGCAGUUCGUUCAAUGUACUCUGGUAUGUUGGAGCUAUAGUCAAUGCUUGGCUGUGCUUCGGUACUGGCCAUUUAUCUUCUAACUGGUCGUGGCGUAUUCCUUCUUUAGUCCAAGCCUUGCCGGCGCUCCUGCAAGUCAUAUCAGUCAUCUUCAUGCCAGAGUCGCCACGUUAUCUCUACUCGCGUGGGAAGCACUCUCAAGCACAGGCGGUCCUUGCGCGCUACCAUGCCAACGGGGUCAUGGACGAUCAGCUCGUGACGUUUCAGAUGGCACAGAUCGCCGAGACUCUUGAACUGGACGCUGUCAACCGGCAGAAGACAUGGAGAAAAGUUCUGCAGCCAAAGGCCAACCGGAAGCGAUUCGCGAUCUGUUUUGCGGUUGCGCUGCUCACGCUUUGGAACGGACAAGGCGUCAUCUCGUACUACUUUCCACCUAUCUUGGACUCCAUUGGAAUCACGUCUACGAAUCAGCAGACCGGCAUCAACGGCAGCAUGCAGAUUUGGAACCUCCUAUGCUCGCUUGUGGGCGUAUACCUGGCUGAAUCAAUAGGACGAAGACCCCUCUGGCUUGCCUCCUUCAUCGGCAUGAUAUGCGCCAACGUGCCAUUGACAAUCUCUUCCGCGCAAUACACGAAGACUGGAUCCAAGGGCGCCGCAUACUCGACGGUGGUCUUUCUCUUCCUGUACAAUGCCGCCUUCAACAUCGCCUGCAAUCCCCUGUUGUACUCUUAUACAACAGAGCUUCUUCCUUACAGUAUUCGCACAAAGGGGCUCGCCGUCCAGGUCGCUGUGGGCCAGGCAGUGUUGACGGUAAACCAAUAUGUGAACCCCAUCGCCUUGGACAGCAUCGGGUAUUGGUACUUCGUCUUCUAUCUUGGCAUGCUCUUGAUCGGGACUGCGGUCAUCUACUUAGGAUUUCCAGAGACCAAAGGCUAUACGCUGGAGCAGUUGGCUAAUUUGUUCGAGGAGAAAAGCCCAUUUCCUGUCUUGGAGGCUGUUGCUGUGUCUGAUGGGUCGGAUCUACCAUCGGCGGACACGAAGUCGGCCAAGCUUGAGGUCAAAGAGACUGAUUUUUGA